GGUGGUUCCAUACCUAGGCUGGUGGUCCUGGGUUCUCUAAGAAGCCAGGCUGAGCAAACCAUGGGGAACAAGCUAGUAAGCAACGGCUCUACACGGUCUCUGGAUCACACCCUCCCUUCAGAUGAUGGUUCUUCAGUAUUGGGAACAUGGACUAUUGGAAGUGGAGUAAUGCAAGUGACAAGUUUGAUCUGAAGAGCCUCAUUAAUCAUUAAUUAUAAGAAUCUCCCCAUUGCUCAACUCACUGCUCAACGUUGUGGCCCAAUUAUACAUGGAGAAGAAUACAUGAGUGGUGAUAUGUGUCUUCUGAAUCUGUAGAACACUGAUAUUCUCCAUGAAGAAGCAGUGAUGAGUAGAAGAUAAUAUUUUGUGGCAUCUCUUCAGUUCAACUCUCAGCAUUCUCUAGUGACGUUUGAACAGCUGUUUCCUGCUUGUACAUAACACUGUCUUUUCUGAUCCCAAACCAAACGACUGCCUGUCCCUUUGUCUUGUAUACUGAUACUGAAUUUCUAUUCAGUUCUACAUAAUUACAGGAGAUACAAUGGAAAAGUGCACAGAAUCACCACCUACCUUAAAGGUAGAGACUUCCUUUUCGAGAGGAGAUAAUCUGGUUCUACAGCCACAAAUGCAACAUCCAACUGAUGACAACCCCACUUUAAGAGGGCAAGUUGUGCCUGUCCUGAAUACUCCAAUGAUGUCUACACCCUACUCAAGUGGCAAUCUCCCGCAAUUUCAUGGUGAGACAACCAGUGUCACAGGGUUUCUUGCCCAGGGGACUACCUAUUUGACAGCUCUCGAGAUUUCCAAUCCUGCAGAUGAUGCCCGAGUCAAGCAUUUUUUUGACUACCUAUCCCAGCAGAUGCAAAGUUGUGACAUCGUAUCAGAGUCCAACCAGAGUCAUAUAUUGAAACAAUACGAAAACUGUAUUCUUGAGUUAAAGCAGUCAUUUGGUGAGCCUGUGAAGCAAGAAAUUACCCCUCCUAUGAAUGUUACGGUUGACAGUAAAGACAACUCUCAGCAGGAUGCUACUACUUUCCAAGGUCUUCCUCAAAAUCUGAAUUAUAGUGAGACCAGUCAGAGUGACCAGUUCCAAAACAGACAAGCUGAUCCCACCAAUGAUGAAGAAAUCACAGAUAUAAUGGACAAUUUACCAGAUUUGAUCACCCAGUGCAUUCAGUUGGACAAAAAGCACAAAGACAGGCCAGAACUCCUACAGACAGAAAGUCAGGUUCCAGUAUUCUCUUCCACAAACCAUCGCCAAUCCUUCCUUAGUCCCAUGGUUCCACUACCCAAAGAUGAGUUCAAGUCACUUCAGGGAGCCCAAAUGCCUGUCACCCCAGCCAAGAGAGCCCGCCAGCAAGAAACUCAGUUAUGUCUGUACUGUAGCCAGGCUGGUCACUUCACAAGAGAAUGCCUUGCUAAACGAUCUCGAACUCCAGCAAGGAGAAAAAUGUAGCUCACUGGUAAGACAAGGAUAGGAAGUCACUUUGUAAACUCAUACCCCUGUCACCAUUGGCCUUAGUGAUUUAUAAAUGUUCACAAACUUCAAAAUAUAAAUGAGUUGUUGUGGCAUCAUCACCUUAAAAGCAGGCAUGGCCAUUUAUGUCUCCAGGAAUUUAAAUAACCAGAACGUGUUGAUUGGAAGAUCAACAAACUUAACCCAACAAUGAUCAAGACAACAAACAAAACUUUAUAGUUAUGGCCACUUCCUUCAAGAAUUCUGAAAAUUUGCAGAUAGAAGUCUCUCCAGCCUGAGUCACACACAGAAAAAAUUAAUUCUGACAAUAUAUUGGAAUUUAUAUCCCUACCAAUUGAUGAAAUCUUGGUUGACUCUGAUGGCCCAAGUCCUAUAGCUUGUGUACUUAGGACUGAUCCCAAAGCUUUUAUCUACUUCUUUGCUGAUCUGUUUCUUAGUGACUUGUUUGUUCAGGUUUUUUGUUCGCAAUCAUAGUGGCAUCAUCAUAUCUUACUAAUAUUCUUGUCAUUGAGAGACAGAAUCUGGAUUCUGUUCUACUUAUUAAUCAGACUCUAGUGCUGAUAUAAGCCAAUCUUCCUGGAUCUGAAUGAAUAUCUACCACCCUUCCAUUCAGCUAUACAUAUUUUGUUAACAACUAAAGACACCUGCUUAUCCAACAUGCUGAACUUUUAUGAAAUUGGCAAACCAGAUUGUAAUGUCAUUUAAAAUGAGAACUGCUUAUUUACUGGUACUUUUCUUUGAGGCAUAGUCUCUUUGACAAUUAACAUACUUUAAGCCUGCCAAUCCAAGCUUAGUCAUUUCUACCCUAAUGUUCAUAUUUUAGAUUUGAACAUAUAUAUGGCUAAGUCUAACGAUUUAUGAUGAUAACCAAUUAAGUUAUUUAAAGACAUUAGUUUAAUGUGUACUAUCAUAGUUACUUAACAUCAGCAUAUUCUUGCUACCUAAACAGAGACAAAUCUCCACUAAGAACUGACUUUCCAGCCUACAGUAGUUGGGACUCUCUGAGCUUCACCAUUAAAAACCACUGCCAAUUGCUACCAAGCUAUACUCUUAUGGACUACCUUUGGAUAUUGUCGUCUAAUCGAGGACUUCAGAAAGCAAUGGGAUGACAUAGAAUUUUUGCAACCAACUCAUCUGAAAAAUUCUGUGCAUGCACAUUAACACCAUCUGUGCACAAAACUCAAGAACUGGGGUGUUCUUUUGCUUGUCUUGUACUCUUGGCACACAUCAGCUCUAUGUAUAAAUAGAUGAUGUAGAUGAUUCUUCUGCAAAAAAAUGGAAAGAUGUGCUAGAAAGGCACUUCUUAGAAAUGUUAACCUCUAAUGUUGCUCAGUAUUUGCUGGUACUUAUAAUUUCUUUGUUCCUUGCUUCUUGGUGCUGAUAUAUUUCCCCACAAUGGAUCUCCCGAAGAUCAGUCAUUUCAUAUUCCUUAGUAGCCAUCAAGGCCUCUCAGAACAUGAAGUGCCAUUGUACUUUGGUCUUGGUCCUGGAAAAUUGUGCUUAGUUUUCAAUGCUGAAUCCCAGAUAGGGCCUUACUACUUUCAUAUUGUAGCACCAAGAAAUAUUUCUUCAUCCAUCAGUGCCUCACUAACCACUGUGCCGAUCCCUACUUGCAUUCACAAGCAGUUAGUUCUUUUGCCAAGAGCUUGCUAUAUAUCUACAUUAUUCCAUAAACUGCCAUAAUAAAGAGAUCUGAAUGCACAUACUGUGCUUGAGUUAAGAAAUGCCCACUGCAGUACUGGGAUUGUAUGAGAAUAUUUAUCAAGUAGAGCUGCUUGAAUGUUGAUUGAUUCUGGGAUGUCCAUAAAUAGCCCUCACCUGUAUCUUCUAAGUCUAUAAUAAAGGACUAGUCCAAAUGAA